AAUAAAUUUGAAUCUUUUUAUAUGAUUCUUAAUUUCUUUCUUUUUGAAUUGCUGGCCUUGCUUUCGCACAUUUAAUAUUUGUUCACCUGUCUGUAGUGGUACUUAUCAUACGGUGUUACGAAUUACAUUACGUAUGUUUACAUAUGUUUAUUCAGAUACUGGAUUAGGAUUGAAAUUCAUACACAUAAUUAAAAACAAACCCAAUCCAAGGUACAAUGCAGGUUCACAACAACAGUACCAGGCUGUCAAAAUCAGUUCAGAACACACGUAACAAAUUAAAACCGAAAUCCAAGACUAUAAGAGGAUGGGGCAGAAAACAAUGAACUAGGAUAGACAAAUCCACAGUACACAAAUUAACUCUCAGAGCUGCAUGCCAUGUUGGCUGACAGGAUUUCACAAUGUGCUUACUUGUUUACCUAAACAGCAAAUACAAACCAGGUGUAAAUGACUGAAUGGUUUCAGAAGCCGUCAGCAGACAUGGAUCUUACAACAUGUUUCUUGCCGAGUUCCAGUUUGACAGUUGUCUUCUGUAAACGCAGGUAUUGUUUUUUUUCCCUCCAGGUCUGUUUGUGUCCCUGCAGACCUCCUUACACUUUCCAGCUCCCCGGAAGAGUAAUUUGGCAUUGAGGAAGUGCACAUAGCAUACAAAGAAAUGACUGAACAGGGUUUCUCCGCUUCCACUCUACUAAAGCGUUAUCGUCUGGCCAUGACAGAGUCAAACUCAGUCUCCUCACCAUCCGGGACUGCUGCUGAGGACCCAUCAGAGGGUAAAGACAUUUCAGCAGACGGGGAUCCCAACUUCCCGAUGUCUUCACUGGCAGAACUUCUGGACAAUGAUGAUGGAUCACAGCCAGCCCAGGAUUCAGCUCGACCUGGACAACAGAAUGAUAACAAGCAGAACUCGCGAAUAAGGUUCCCAGGGGCCUUUAAAAAGGGAGUUCCUAACCCCAUGGACCUUCUUGAGUCCACCAUGUCUGAGUAUCCAGUGGCACCUGGGCCGAAGAAAGCACCUAUGGACUCCCUGUUUGACUACGGCACAUGUAGGGAGAUCAACAAUCAGAAAAAACGCAGGAAGAAACUUCCACGAGGGAAGGCUGAGAUUGAGAUGUCAUGUGACGAGGGAUCCCUGGAGCCCCCUGUUCUUAAAGUCUUCAACCGCUGGCUGUUGUUUGAAGCCGUAUCUCGAGCAGAUAGAAGAGCUCUGGAUGGUCUCCUGCAGUAUCUUCAGUCAAAUGAAAAGAGGCUGACAGAUGAGGAGUUCAAAGAACCUUCUACAGGGAAGACUUGCCUACCAAAAGCACUUCUGAACCUGCACAGUGGUCACAACGACACCAUCCCUGUGUUGAUGGACAUUGCCGAACAGACCGGAAACCUCAGAGAGUUCAUUAACACGCCCUUCAGAGAUGUGUACUAUAGGGGUCAGACAGCAAUGCAUAUCGCCAUAGAACGACGAUGCAAACAGUACGUGGAGCUUCUGGUGGAGAAGGGGGCUGAUGUUCAUGCUCAGGCCAGGGGCCGAUUCUUUCAGCCCAGAGAGGAGGGUGGAUACUUCUACUUUGGUGAGCUGCCUCUCUCACUCGCAGCUUCUACCAACCAACCAGACAUGGUGCAUUACCUGACCGAGAACAGCCACAAGGCGGCAGAUCUGCGGAGGCAGGACUCGAGGGGAAACACAGUCCUGCACGCCCUGGUCCAUAUCGCUGACAACACUCGGGACAACACGCGUUUCGUCACUAAGAUGUAUGACUUGCUGCUCAUUAAAAGUGCCAAACUCUACCCAGACUGCAACUUGGAGAAUAUACUCAACAAUGAUGGCAUGUCCCCUCUCAUGAUGGCCGCCAAGCUGGGCAAAAUUGGGGUGUUCCAGCACAUCAUCCGGAGAGAGAUAAAAGAUGAGGAGGCUCGACAUCUUUCCCGGAAAUUUAAGGACUGGGCUUAUGGACCCGUAUACUCCAACCUGUAUGAUCUGUCUUCACUGGAUACCUGCGGAGAGGAAGUCUCUGUUCUGGAGAUACUCGUCUACAACAGCAGGAUUGAGAAUCGCCAUGAGAUGCUGGCGGUGGAACCCAUAAACGAGCUGCUGAGGGCCAAGUGGCAAAAGUUUGCCGCUGUGACCUUCUACAUCAGUGUGUUUUCCUACCUUGCCACCAUGGUCAUCUUCACUCUUGUGGCCUACUAUCGCCCAUCCACGGGUACACCCCCUUACGCCUACAACUCUACAAAAGACAAGGUGCGUUUGGCAGGCGAGAUCAUAACCGUGGCUUCUGGAGUCUUCUUCUUCGCAACAAAUAUUAAGGACCUUUUCCUGAAGAAGUGCCCGGUAAGCUUCAUCUACUCCGUGUUGGUGCUGGUGAGUGCAGCGCUGUAUCUGUCAGGGAUUGAGGCCUACGUGUCUGUGAUGGUGUUUGCUCUAGCAUUAGGUUGGAUGAACACCCUCUAUUUUACCAGAGGCCUUAAACUCACUGGAACUUACAGCAUCAUGAUUCAGAAGAUCCUCAUUAAAGAUUUGUUCCGGUUCCUGCUGGUCUACGUGCUCUUCAUGAUCGGCUAUGCAUCAGCGUUAGUGUCACUGCUGAAAAUCUGCCCUGAAAAGAAUAUAUGUAAUGGUACCUGCCCCAAAUACCCAGAAUGCCGAGAUACAAACACCUUCAGCGAAUUCCUGUUGGACCUGUUUAAGCUGACCAUAGGCAUUGGAGAGCUGGACGACAUGUUAAAAGGCGCACAGUAUCCCGUCGUCUUCCUCAUUCUCCUUGUCACCUACAUUAUUCUCACCUUCGUCCUGUUACUCAACAUGUUAAUUGCUUUGAUGGGGGAGACAGUGGGACAGGUGUCCAAAGAGAGCAAGCAGAUCUGGAAACUACAGUGGGCAACUACUAUCCUGGACAUCGAGCGGUCCUUCCCCGUGUGUCUGCGGAAGUCUUUCCGUGCUGGAGAGAUGGUUACUGUGGGCAAGGGCUUGGAUGGAAUGCCAGACAAACGCUGGUGCUUCAGAGUGGACGAGGUCAAGUGGUCCCACUGGAAUCAAAAUCUGGGGAUCAUAAAUGAGGAUCCAGGCCAGAAGGACCAUUACGAGCAGACACAGGGCGGACGAGGCCUUCGAAGAGAUCGCUGGUCCACUGUCGUCCCAAGAGUGGUUGAGCUGAACAGGGGCUCCAGAGACCAUAUCGUAGAGUUGGAGCCUCUCACAAGCAGACACAGACACAAGUCUGAAAGCUAAAGCUGAACGCUAAAGACUUAACAGAGGGUCAAGCCCUUGAAACUUUUAUUACUGGGCAGAUAGUUAUGUAUUUUAUAAAAGCUGACAAUAGUUGUAGUGUUUUUCAUCACUAUUGGGAGAACAGCUUCAUAUAUUAUGACUUUUAAAAGUAUCUUGAUUGUGUUUUACAUGUAUAUUUGGACCCAUGAGACACUCAGGAACAUAUUUGAUGUGUAAUAUUGUAGUGUUUUUUUAUGGAGUGCAAUAGAUUUUAUAAAUAGAUUUUUUUGAUCAAAAAACAACACUCCACAAGGACUUGGAUUUGAGUAUCAGCGUAUAUUUUAAUCAAUAAUCAUGUCAGAUUACCUCAGUGUUAAAUGUGCCUUGUGAUAAAGUACAGUGGUUUUUUUUUUAUGAAAAAUCAUAUUGUUAUUCUUUUGUUAUAUUGCCAACCCAUAAUGGAAAGACAAAAAAUGCUGCUCUGAUUUGACCUUUGGCUUUGUUUUGUAAUAAAGGUCAUGUAGAAAACAGAUGUGGCACCCACACCAGAAGUAUGCACAACGCCAGACAGCAGCAGUUUGCUAUUUUCACCUCAGUAUGCUAGCAAUAGUGUGACACUGAACUUAAUUGGUGUGAUGGUGGUAAUGAUUUAAAGCGACACGUUCAGUUUAGAGGUUUCUUAUUUCACUGAUUAACCCAUGCCAAAGGACACAAUGGCACAUAUUGUAGGGGAACUAUUUUAUGCAUUUUUAAUAUAUUUUUUAACAGAGUACAAAAGGCAUUGUCUGUAUGCUGUAGUACAUGAUUUUUUUCCCAAUGUCUUUUUUUGAAGUCCAUGAAGUGUGAUUUAGAGCAGUGGUUCCCAACCCUGGUCCUGGAGGCACCCCAACUCUGCACGUUUUGCAUGUCU